UCUAAAAUUUUUCCAGAGCUAAUUAAAGAAACGUUACUAGAAAUCUUUAUUUUGCACUUUAGCUUGUUAACUUGUUCUUGGCAAGGUUUUUCCUGCGCAUCUUUCAUGCGCGAGUCUAUUUGAUGUGGUUCUUUGUUUGCCAAGUGAAGAAGAGGUGCAUCUCACAGGCAUACCUGCGAGAUACACGUUAUUUCAAGUCUCUUUUGCGGCUUUUCGCAUCUUUAUGGCAAAUGGUGGACAUUAUUCACAUUAGUACCAGUAAAGCACCCUCCACGUCAUUUGCAUAAAAAGUUACCUUAGGGUUGCCCCCCCCCCCCCGAAAAAACAUCCUGCGUACGUGCUACAGGCAUAUAGAAAUCCUUUCUUAAUGCAAAGAAGGGGUAAGGCGUGCAGACACGGACACAAGAGGAAAGAAGUGGACAACACGAACGCCGCACGGCGGCCCGCGAACGGCAAACUGCGUGCGGCGAGUUGCCGCCGUGUCCGGCCGACUCCGAAAGGGAUAUGCGGCGUUCGUGUUGUCCGCUUCUCUCUUCGCAUAGUCGCAUAGUUCGGCAGCUCGGAGCGGUUUCUCGUUCGCUUGGCCUUUCUCAAUGUGAAGGCCCGUCCACGUUACCGGCACGGAAACUCGCCGCACGCCACUUGCCGUUUGCGGGCCCCUGUGCGACGGCGGUUUUGCUCGCGAACGGACCUGUGGAAUAGUUGUUGAACGGCGAGAUUUCCUUGCCGUGGAGAAGACGGGCCUGGGACCCAUUUGUGCGGCAGCCGUACGGCGAAGCGGCCAAUCAGUGACCGAGGAGUGGUCACUCUGGCACCGACGGCAGCCUCACCGCCUCCAGUUGAUCGUUCGGCGCUGCCGAUAUCGUCGCUAGGCCUUUUCCGGUUCACUUCAAAGCUAAAGCUUACUGCGCUUCGGAAUGAAUCACCGACUCUCACAAGCCGCAAUAUUCUCUUACCGUUGUUGUCGCUCUUCCCAAUAAUUAUAAUAAUCGCGACAUGCACUUCGAAUCGCCAGUUGUUUACCUCUGCUGGCAGAGCACGCGUAUGCGCGAGCAGACGACGCAGCAUAGUUUUACGUCAUAGUUUAAGCCAUGUUGCAGGUCUCCUCGAUUUGGCUGCACCUUUUGCACUAGUUCAGAAAAGUGUCGUGCCAGUGCAGCGCUAGUUCUUGAAGUGUGAGUGUAGCGCGACGCUAGCGCUUUCGGUGCAGCGGUCAAAUCGAGGACAAAAGUGCAGAAACGUACAGGCCUUCGUCUGCUGCGACUGGGUGGCUGUGGGUUUUCUUUUGUUGGUGUAUCAUUAUUCAGAAAGCAUGACCAAGCGUGGUUUCCACACCUUUCUGAAUCAUAUAUGGCACAACGUUUCAAACGACUGACCGAUGUGGUUUCGCGCAAACUUAACGUCGAGGUAGCGGUAAGCUCGUGAAAAUUAAUACAAACGACUGUGACCUGAGGGAAAAUCCAGGCCUUCAGUGCACUUAGCAGCAGUUGAACCCGGAAAGCGCCCUUAACAAGAUGCUGCGUACACAUCCUGAAGAAAACUGGCGUCCGUGCUGCGUUACUAAUAGCAGGCGCCGUCGAUGCCGUCUACCAACACCCGCAUGGCCACGGAGCCGCAUGUGUCGUCUGCUAUCAAAAGCCUUGCACUACGUGCACGAGAAAACAACUUGCGGAGAGUCUAGUGCCGAAGUGUACAUGAACUCGUGCAGCACGACGUCAAAUCGAGUGCCGAAGUUCAGGUGGCGCAAGCUGCACUGGCGAAUCGAGUGCUAGAGUUCUGCACCCCCUGAACUAGUGCAGAAAGUGCAGCCAAAUCGAGGAGACCUGCGUUUCCUCCUCUCUGACGUCAUAGCAUCCCCCGGAGCCCAGAAAUCGAAAUCGCUCGGUAUAAUAAUGCUAUUAUUAAAUUAUUUAUCGGGUAUAUGUGAAUCCCGCGGUGUGUAUCGUGCUUCCUGAAGCAGUACGCAACGCUUCUAUUGAAGAACGCAAGAACGAAAAUUUUCAUGUCUUCACCCCUUUAAGGUGAGACUUCAAUUUUCUUCAACCAGGGGCCGUAUUCUGCUGUAGCGGUUCCUUUGGGAACCGGUUCCCUUUGGCUGUUACGUCUGGAUUACGUCACUCGGAGAAAGAGUGGAACGGGGCGGCGUGAGGGGAACCAAUCAACGAGCGGCGGUCUGCCGAAAGAUCACGUCAUCAUUUUUGUUUGUACUUAGGGGACGGUAUAGCAAUUGAAGGAUGUUGCUGGUUUGAUAAAAAAACAUUGAUUUGUAUAGAACACUUGCAAAUAUAUUUUCAGUAAUAAAUGUGAGCUUGCGGCGCAGACCGCUACUGGGAGUUGUAAUUUUAUUUGUGUUGUUUUCUUAUUUAGUCGCUAGGUGGUGUGCCAUACGUUAUGCAAACAAGUUGCCUCGCUUUGUUUACGUUUUGGGCUUGCCAGUUUGCGCGCCGAAUCCGAAACGAUGUCCUCGCAGCAGGUUCGGUGGCUGGGUCCUCAUGUUUCAGAGAGGCAGCGCGAGAUACUGGUGUCAUUUGUUGAAGAGCACCCCUACCUUGCGAAGGCGUCGUGUGUGCUGGGUCAACAGCUGACGGCGGCGCGCAAGGAGGAGCUCUGGCAGCAAGUGACUGCCUUGCUGAACACUGAGGGCCCGGCAGUGAAAACUGCAGCCCAAUGGCGCGCCGUGUGGAAAAAGGACGUCUAUAAGGCCCGCCGUGAUGCGGCCGCCUUGCACGCCGAAAGCAGAGGAACCGGAGGAGGCAGCCUGCCCGGACAGCGAGGGCGCAUCCUCUCCCUAGUUGGAAGGGCGAGCGCCAUCGGAGUCUGCCCGCCGUUCUUCGAGCCCGACGAAGAGGGGGAAAGCGCUGGUGACGCGGCAAGUGCUGAGUCCCAUGUGUCUGUCGGCACAGCGCCUGGGACAAGCGGCAUAAGAGCGAGACCACUCCAGCCCGCGACAGCGGAGAGGCGUCGGGACGAUGCAGGUGGCCCUAUUAGUCAGACACAGCCACGGCAGACAGGACGGGGCCGAAGGCCAGAGCAGGGAGUGGACGACCUGCUGUCCUCUGUCGUUGCGAAAUAUGCCGAGUCUGUUGCACUCUCGCAACAGCACAACAACCAAAUACAGGACCUCCUCCGGUCGGCGGAGCAGCUGAGAACGGCAGUGGAAAGUCAAGGCGCGGCGACGUUGCGCCAAGCAGUAGCCACCGAGCGUCUUGCUUCUGCUGCUGAGCAACAAGUGCAGCAGAACACUCAGCUGCUGCAGGAGCUGCGGAGCCUGACACGGAUGGCGCCAGUGUGACAAAAUGGAUUUCAAGAAUUUUCUUGUAUUUGAGCAUUUGUGGCACACAAAUAUUUUAUUAAACUACUAAAUUUACCCUUUGG